AUGUCCUUGUAUCAGAUGAAGUUGCGUUACACUCUAUUUUGGGACCGAGAGCUCAGCAUACACCGACAGUUUACCUCUGACUAAACUAAAUCAGUCAAUCUCAAUCUUGAAGAACACCAUCCUGUGGCGGACGGUGAUAUAGCACAGCUGAGAUUGGAGCUGAAAGGGAGUUUCUGAAGACCGCAGUGUUUUUUUCCCCUUUACUUCAUAUUCACCCAGUUUGAACCUGCGAUCCAAGGACCUAUUUUUUUUUUUUUAAUCAAAGGAUUUCUUCAAAUUCAAAUUCUAUUUUCACGUUUAUCAUAGCUGAGAAGAAGCUAUGAUAGUCAUAAGAACUAAGUGGUGACAGGAGUUUUCAAGGGGACUAUUUUCUCGUGAAGUAAAAUCACUUGGACUAAAAAGAUGGAUGAAGCAUCACAAUAUGACUAUUCUGCCACAUUGCCAACUGUGGCCCCUACCGUUGGCUACCUCAGUAUGUUCCAUGAAUACCACAGCAAUGCGGCUCUGGUGACACAUUACAACUAUACGGGAAAGCUGAAAGAGAACAAGUACAGAGAUGGACUAAAACCAGAGGCCAUACUCUUCCUCAUCAUCUGUCUGCUCAUAGUGCUGGAGAACGCUGUGGUGCUGGUGGCUAUCUGGAAGAACAAAAAAUUCCAUCUGCCCAUGUACUACCUGCUGGGCAACCUGACACUUUCCGACCUGUUGGCAGGCUUCACCUACAUGGUAAACAUCAUCACGUCUGGAGCAAACACCCUGAGAAUGACGCCACUGCAGUGGUUCCUGAGGGAAGGUGGAGUCUUCAUCACUUUGGCCGCGUCUGUCAUCAGCCUACUGGCUAUCGCCAUUGAGCGACAUGUCACCAUGGUGAGGAUGAAGCCUUACCAGGGGGCCAAAAGAGGACGCAUGUUUGCCCUAAUCGGAGCCAGCUGGGUGGUCUCGGUGCUGCUGGGGGUCCUCCCCAUCAUGGGCUGGAACUGCAUGGGCCGCCUGGACCACUGCUCCACGGUCCUGCCACUGUACGACAAGAGCUACAUCCUGUUCUGUGUCACGGUCUUCAGCGCGGUGCUGAUGGCCAUCGUGGUGCUGUACGCGCGCAUCUUCCGCAUCGUCAAGUCCAACACGCAGCGCCUGGGCUGCGGCCCCCAGCGCAAGGGCUUGGCGCGCAAAUCCCAGAAGUACCUGGCCCUGCUGAAGACGGUCACCAUCGUGCUGGGGGUCUUCAUCGCAUGCUGGCUGCCCCUCUUUGUGCUCCUCAUCCUGGACUUCUGCUGCCCGGCGCGAAGCUGUCAGGUGCUGUUCCGUGCGGACUACUUCCUGGGCAUCGCCAUGUUCAACUCCCUGCUCAACCCCAUCAUCUACACCCUCACCAGCAAGGACAUGCGGAGGGCCAUCAUCCGGCUGCUCUGCCGCCACUGCCUCAUCACCAAAGAUGGACAGGUCAAGAAAAUCGGUCUGCCCUUCCUGGAGUGCAGCACCAGCAAGACGGAGCUGCCCUCCCACCGGCUCGAGGGAGUGGAGAACACCGUCUCCUCGGGGAACUUCACCCCCUCUACCAUCAAAGCCAUUUACCCAAGGAUGUCCAAGAGCUGAGCACAUUAUUGGAGCUUUCAAAAGAACUAUCCAUAACAUGUAGAGGUGCUGGAACUCUGACCUGGUGAAUGGAACUCUGAAAUGCACUUCACGGCACUAUUACAUUAUGUGCCUAGUCCCUACACUUCCUCUGAAGACUGAGACUUUUAAUGACUUCACAUUGCUAAGAUGGCCCUCAGCAAACUAUAUUAUGCAUACUUGCAUAGUGUUGACCAUCCCUAUGAAUGAAGUCUCUAGCACUGUCAAUGUUGGGCUAUCAUAAUGAGAGAGAAAAACUAACAUCUUCAAGGUAGAGUACCAUGCAAUGUAAUGCACUCAGUGCAUUGUAAACCAGAACUCUUUUAUGCAUACACAUCCAAAAACAUGCGCCUGGCAAGCGCAAGCACAAACGACUAAACAGAUCCAUGUGGCUUUUCUAAGCCUUGCUGGUUUUGUGGAAUAUGUUGUCGUAGAGACUCCUGAGACAUGAACCCUGCCCCCGCAUUCUAAGGUUUCCUUAAGUCUUAUGCAAAGCUCAUCAUAACGCACGCUCCAAUAAAGAUGUAUGAAUACAAACAAUACAAAUUAUGGGUAGCCAUCAAUUAACUGACCACAGUGGUAGCAAUACUAUGUAUGGAAGAAACUGCAUUUAAAAUGUACUGUACAGAAUGUUUAGAGAUUAAAUGCUUAUUUUAUAAUGUAUAUCUAUGUGUUGUGUACAGUUUUGACUGAAUUAUGAAAAAAGGUUUACUUUUUAAGUUAUGUUUUAUCUUGUAAUAUAUGUUAAAAUAAAAGUUUUGAUCAGU